GCGUUUUCCUUUCAGGCUUCCGUAGAGGAGCGACCAGUAGCUUUUGGCGCCUGCCCUACGGUGCUGCUCACUGCCUGCCUGAUAAAAGAGGAAGCUGACCGCGUGGUAAAGCUGCAUCCCUGAAGGAGUUCUUAUUGUUUUACGCAAAAAAAUGGGCAAGAAGCAGAACACCAAGACUAAGAAGGAUGCCCAAGAGACGCAAGAGGAACCCGAGGAGUUUGUUGUCGAAAAAGUACUGGAUCAACGUCUUGUCAAUGGGAAAGUAGAAUUCUUCCUGAAGUGGAAAGGAUUUACAGAUGCUGAUAAUACCUGGGAGCCAGAGGAGAACCUUGACUGCCCAGAGCUGAUUUCAGCAUUUUUGGAAGCACAGAAGAACGUAAAGGAGAAGCCUGCUCCUGUUAAGAGGAAGGCAUCCACAGAUGAGCCAGAGACAGAAUCAAAGAAGAAAGAGGUGGCUGAGAAACCACGGGGCUUUGCCAGGAACCUUGAACCAGAACGAAUCAUUGGCGCAACAGACAGUAGUGGGGAGUUGAUGUUCUUGAUGAAAUGGAAAGACUCGGAUGAAGCUGAUUUGGUUCCAGCCCGUGAGGCCAACACUCGUUGCCCUCAGGUGGUCAUUUCCUUUUAUGAAGAGAGAUUGACAUGGCAUUCCUGUCCAGAGGAUGAAGCUCAGUAGUGUUUUUCUGCAGUCCCUUGAAACACCUGUACCCUUUCCUCAGGACUGGAUUCCCUCCUCUGGCUUGCCUUCUAGUUUUAGCUAGUUAGUUAUUUUUGAAGAUGUUUGAACGUUCGCGUUGUUUGGUCGAAGAGAGUUGUCGUCAUGCUGUGCAUUUUCUGCAAAACUGAUGUUGCCAUGUAUAAUGAAAGAAGUCUUCCGGUAUCUUCAUGAUUGAUUGGUUCUUUUGAUAAACCCACCACCACACACAUUCAUACCCAUUCUAAUGUUCUGGAUUCUACAGUAAAUAAUGGCUGCUUUAAUCUGUUCAACUUUCAAUCACCUCUUUCUAUGACCUUCUCAUUCUCUUAUGGUGUUUUUUUGUUGUUUUUUUUCACUACAGUUGUGAUGUUUUGUUUCAGAAGUGUGUUUUGUAUCUGUAAAUAUUAUUUUAAGUUCUAAUAAAGGUUUUAUGUGGCCAA